AUGAAGAAGGUUUUGGCCGAUAGUACUUGUCCUAUGUGUGGAGUUUUUGCUGAAUCGGAAUGGCACAUUUUGGUCUCUUGCAAUUUUGCUUGGUCAUGCUUCGGUUUUGCUGGUCUUGCUGCUGUUGAGAGAGACUCAUUCUCUUCUCUGCUGGUGUGGUUGGAAGCUACUGCUAAUCGGGUUAGCAGUGUUGAAUUAGGCAAAGUGGUGAUGCUAUGUUGGGCCAUUUGGGCUGCGAGAAACGAUUUGGAAAGGGAAAUAUUCCCUUGUUGUCUCCUCUCAAAAGUUGGAGAUAGUUUAGAGCGGUGGGUUAAACCGAUUUCAGGAAUCAAACUCAAUGUAGAUGCUGCCCUUUUUGCUUCUCUUCAUAAACACGGCUAUGGUUGUGUGGUCAGAAACUCUGUUGAUGAACUGGUAUCAGUUUUUGCAAGGGUUAAGAAUGGUUUUGAGGCUCCCGAACUGGCUGAAAUAAUGGGCAUUCGGGAAGCCUUGAGUUGGCUCAAGAACAACCAGUUUUCAAUGGCCAUUAUUGAGACAGAUAGUCUCGUGUGUGCAGCAGCAAUUAGAAGUGCAGAAACUUUUGCUUCUGCUUUCGGCUUGGUGGUGGAUGAGUGUAAAAAUAGUUUUAAAAGUUUGUCCAAUGUUUCUAUUGUGUUUGUUAAACGUUCUGCGAAUCGUGCCGCGCACUUUGUUGCCCGGCACUCUAUUUCUCUAGCUGAACGCAUGUUUCCUAUUAAUAGUGUUCCCUCGAACUUAUUGUCUAUUCUUGCGAGCGAUUGCUCGAUGGCUCCUGAACUUAUUCUGCCCUUGGCUGAGCAUUUUCCAGGAUGUAUCACGUACAGAGGAAAUGGGUAUUUUGCUUCAAUAAAGGCUAAGUUUGAAGCCUUCAACUUGACUGAGAGGGUGAAGGAAACUCCCUUUGGAGUUUUUUUGGAAUGCCAAUGA